UUUUUACCUGCAACUAAUAUUUUGGUGCUUCAUUAUACGGCAAAAGUCUGCUUGUGGAGAAAGAAGACUCCUUCUGUUAAGAAAUUUUUUUCACUGGUGGAAAAGGCUGGCUUCCCCUUAUAAUAUGAAGUCCUUUGAGAAAAGCUGGCUAUUUCUGCUGCUGCCUGUCAUGCUAAGAGUGGUGUGUUCCUCCUUUAUCAGCGUGAACCGCGGGGUGAAAGUGAUGAAGGGACAGUCUGUCUUCCUGUUAGAAGAUGACCUCAAGUUUUCCAUCCCCAGAGAGAAGGAUGUCUGCAAAGUUGAAGUUGUGAUUAAUGAGCCAAUAACGCAGAGAGUUGGAAAAUUAACUCCACAGGUUUUUGACUGUCACUUCCUUCCUAAUGAGGUCAAAUAUACCCACAAUGGCUGUCCAAUUUUAGACGAAGACAUGGUCAUGCUUCGGCUGUACAGGUUUACAGAAGUGGAAACAUUUGUAGAAACAUUCACCCUUCACGUGCAGUUACUUGAGCCAGACUGUAACAUCAUAAAAAUGCGCUCCCAUGCCCUGGAGGUCCCUGAGUACUAUGGUCUGUCCAGGGUGAUUGACAAGAACAUUCUCACUUUUGAUUAUGACAGGAAGAUAAAUCUGGAUUGCACCAUUUCCAUAAUCUCUUCAGAAACCCACCUGCCUGCACAUGGCCAGCUCACCACCGGGAAAGUGCAGCAAGAGCAGAUUCAUGGAGAUCAGCCACAGAGCUUAUUCCCUGGCACUAAGCACAGCCUGGGCCAGCAGUGCAGAAAUGGGAGCUGCAUGCUGGGACUAGGAGUCAUUCACAACAAAAAAAUGAGCUGUGAAGAAUUUCUGAGGAUGGGGAUUCGGUAUAGACAUCUUGACCCUCCCUCACCUGACACUGAUUAUAUUCCUGUGCGGUUGGAUCUCACAGACAGCAGAAGCAAAACUCUGCACAAGACUGAGUAUGCGUGGCUCCCUGUUCACAUUAAAGGUGCUGUUCCCAACCAAAUACCCAAAGCUGCCCCAAUGGCAAAGUUCAUCCUCGAAGUAGACCAAUUUAUUUUAACCCCCAUUUCAACCACAACCAUUGAUGCUGAAGACAGUGAAACUCCAAAGUCGCUGCUUGUAUUCAACAUUACCAAGCCACCUCCUCAGGGCUUCAUCACUCACCUGUCUGACCACACAAAACCUAUUGGCUCCUUCACCUGGAGAGAUCUCAGUGACAUGCUCAUUGCUUAUCAGCCUCCAAAUAACAGCCACACAGAGAGGAGGAAUUAUGAGGUGGAGUUUGAGGUUCAUGACUUCCACUUUGAAAGGAGUUUACCAGUCACUGUCCAUCUUUCUAUCAGAACAACAGAUACAAAUGCCCCUCGGGUUUCAUGGAAUACAGGCCUCAACCUCCUAGAGGGGCAAUCACGACCCAUCACAUGGCAACACUUCCAAAUUGUAGACAAUGAUGACAUCCAAAAUGUUCACUUGGUCACUGUCGAUGGCUUACAGCAUGGGCGGCUCUCAGUGAGAGGAGGGAAAGGAUUCCUGUUCACAGUCUCUGACAUUCAGGCUGGAGUUGUUCACUACCAUCAUGAUGACAGUGAUUCUACUAAGGACUUUGUGGUAUUUAGAAUUUUUGAUGGCCCCCACAGUAUUCGCCACAAACUUCCAAUCAAUAUCCUCCCUAAAGAUGACAGCCCUCCAUUUCUGAUCAGCAAUAUGGUUAUUGAAGUUCUUGAGGGACAGACCAUCCUGAUUCAGGGCUCCAUGCUUCAUGCUUCUGACAUGGAUUCCAGUGAUGAUUACAUACUAUUCAAUAUUACCAAGCCAUCACAGGCUGGAGAAAUCAUGAAGAAACCAGGACCAAACAUGAUAGGGUAUUCUGUCAACAGUUUUCUUCAGAGGGAUCUAUUCAAUGGAAUAAUUUAUUAUCAUCAUUUGGGAGGAGAAGUAUUUGAAGAUUCCCUUGAGUUUGUGCUAUGUGACAGCCACGAUCCUCCCAAUCUCUCAGAGCCACAGGUGUUGAUGGUGCACGUUAUUCCUGUGGAUGAUCAACUACCCAGACAAGCCCCAGACGUGACCCGUCACCUGGUUGUUAAGGAGACUGAGAUUGCUCACUUAACUAAGAAACAUCUCCACUUCAUAGAUGUGGAAGAGCAAGACAGGGAGCUCACAUACACCAUAACCACUUCCCCAUUUUUCUCUUGCACCCAUAGCUACUCAGAUGCUGGGAAGCUGUUUAUGGUGGACACUAUCCCCAAAUUGGUCAAGGAUCCUGCUGCUCUUGCACUGCGGUCAUUUACUCAGCAUGCUGUGAACUAUAUGAAAGUUGCCUAUAUGCCACCACUGCAGGACAUCGGUCCUGAACCUCAGCAAGUCCAGUUUAUUUUUUCCGUCAGCAAUCAGCAUGGAGGUACUUUGUAUGGGAUCUGCUUCAAUAUUACAAUUCUUCCUGUGGACAAUCAAGCUCCAGAGGUUUUGACAAGCCAUUUGAGAGUGGAAGAGGGUGGCCUGGCCCCUGUUACAGAGGGACACAUUCUCAUCUCUGAUGUGGACACAAAACAGGAGCAUCUCCUCCUGCUCCUGCAGAGGCAGCCUCAGCAUGGGGUGGUGGAGCUGGAUGGCAUUCCCAUGAAUGAAGGCAACAGGCUUUCCUGCGAGGACCUGCGUACCCUGGCAGUCAGAUAUCGUCAUGAUGGCUCUGAGACUCUCACUGAUGAUGUUCUCUUUGCAGCCACAGAUGGCAUCCACUUUGUUGAGUUCAUCCUGCAGGUCAAGGUGCUGCCUGUGAAUGAUGAGCGACCUGUUAUGCGAACAGGCCUUGUUCCUGUGCUCCACUGCCUGGAGGGUGAAGAAGUGGUCAUCUCCUCAGAGUACAUUUCUGCUACAGACGCAGACAGUGAUGACAUGAAACUGAUGUUUAUGCUGCCUCGCCAGCCCUACCACGGGGUAGUGAGGAAAGCUGGUAUUGCUGUGGAUCAUUUCUCCCAAGCUGAUGUCAUCGCUGGUUUAGUCACGUACAAGCACACUAGUGGGGAGAUCGGCCUGACUCCUUCCAUUGAGAUCUUAACCUUCAUUGUCUCUGAUGGUGAGGCUGGCCUAGAUGUGAAAGACUGCUGUUAUGAUGGACCUCUUCCUCCUCCAGUUUCACCUCAUGAUCCAUUUCCUGUGUAUGACCUUAACAUCACUGUACUUCCAGUGGACAACCAGCCUCCAUCUAUUGCAACUGGUGCAAGUUUUGUGGUGGAGGAGGGCUCCUCCGCAGCCCUUACAGCCAACCACUUGUUUGCCACUGACCCUGACACCACUGCAGAUGACUUAGAGUUUGUGUUGGUUUCUCCCCCCCAGUUUGGUUACAUUGAAAAUAUACUGCCUUCUCCUGGGUUUGAGAAGAGCAACAUUGGAAUAAGUAUAGCUUCGUUUCAGCUGAAGCACCUGAAAGCCAUGAAUAUAAACUAUGUACAAGCCAGGCAUAUGCGAAUGGAGCCAACAGAGGACAAGUUUGUACUUUAUGUCACUGAUGGGUUGCAUCGCUCAGCAGAGACUCCAUUUUUUGUGCUGAUCACCCCAACCAAUGACGAAGUCCCAGAAUUCAUAGCCAGGAAUAUUACUGUUCAAGAAGGGGAGAUGAAAGAGCUGGAUCUCUCGGUUAUCAAUGCGGUUGACCUGGAUGUACCUCAAGACCAUUUGGUAUUUAGGGUUGUGCAGAGGCCCUGGUACGGAUUCCUUAUUAAUGGAAUCUAUGGCAAUGAUAUUCUACACUAUAAACAGUUAAUUAACCACAAUCACCACAGCCAUGGGUUGCUUGUUCAUGACUUUUCCAUGGAGCUACUGAAGAAUGGAAUGAAGCUGAUGUACAUGCAUGACAACUCUGAAAACCUCACUGACAGCUUUAAAAUCCAGCUAUCAGAUGGAAAACAUAAAGUCCUCAGAACCAUUUCAGUAAAGGUCAUUCCAGUUAAUGAUGAGAAACCACUGCUGAGCAAGAAGAAUGAUAUAGAGGUGAAUAUAGGUGAAACUCGAAUAAUUUCUAGUGCUGUUCUGUCAGCAGAAGAUAAAGAUACCCCCAGGGAGAGAAUUUACUACUUAUUUGAAAGACUUCCAGAAAAUGGUCAGCUUCAGCUCAAGGUAGGACAAGGCUGGGUGACUCUCCGAACUGGAAUGACAUGCACUCAGGAAGAGCUGGAUAUGAACCUUGUGAGAUAUGUCCAUACAGGAGCUGUAGGGUCCAAGAACCAAGACAGCUUCACGUUUUACCUCUGGGAUGGGUACAACAGAUCCCCAGCUGUGGACUUCUACAUAAAUGUCAAGGACAUGGAAAAGGGAGACAUUGCAGUUUUUAUGAAACUCCUCAGAGUGCCAAAAGGAGAUCAUGGCUACAUCACAACCAAUGUCCUCCUUGCACUGGACGGGACUGACAAGCCGGAGGAGCUCCUUUAUGUGAUAACCUCCCCACCCCAAUAUGGACAAAUAGAAUAUAUCAGCUAUCCUGGCAUCCCCAUUACAAACUUCAGUCAAAUGGAUGUAGCACGACAGAUUGUCUGCUACGUUCACAGCACAAAGGCAGCUGUUCUUGAAGAUACAUUCAGAUUCACCAUCAGCAAUGGACUGAGGACUAAGAAUGGGACAUUCAUAAUCUCCUUGGAGGCACUUGACCAAGCUUUGCCCACACUAUCUAGGAACAUGGGGUUAAAAACAAUGGAAGGCGCUAUGGCACUUCUCUCUCCUGAUGUCCUGCAGCUUUCAGACCCAGACACUGCCAAAGAAAACCUUACCUUCCUCUUGGCUCAGCUCCCCCAAUAUGGUCACCUCUAUUACCGUGGGGCUGUGCUACUGCAGUACAAUUUCACACAGCGAGAUGUGGACAACAGGGAUGUUGCAUACAAGCACCGAGGUGGGGAUUCCCAGAUGGACAGAUUUACAUUUGUUGCCACAGAUAGGACUAAUCAAGGCUUCAUCGUGAAUGGGAGAGUGCAGACCGAGCCAGUGGCAUUCACCAUUCAGGUGGAUCAUUUGGACAAAAUGGCACCAAAAAUUAUUCAUCUCCAUUGCUUUUCUGAUGUGGAACUGCUGAAUAAUGGCAAUUAUGGGAUCUAUAUUACUGCCAGGUCCCUGAAGGCAUCUGACCCCAAUACAGAAGAUGACAAAAUAAUUUUUAAGAUUUUGCAAGGUCCUCAUUAUGGCUACCUGGAAAAUACAACAACAGGUGGACUCAUUCGGGAAGGGUUUAGCCAAAAGGAUUUAAACAACAAAAUCAUACUUUAUGUCAUCAACCUGUCACAGGAAGUGAAUUCAGACAACUUGGAGUUUCAAGUCAUGGAUGCCAGAGGAAACUCUGCAGGGCCCCAAAGAUUGGAGCUAAAGUGGUCUCGGAUUGAAAUGCAACAGACUGAAUAUGAAGUGUGUGAGAGCGUAGGAGUGGUGUCUCUGAAAAUCACCAGGGCAGGACACUCAGUAGAGUCUGCCUUUAUCACUGUGAAGGUCAAUGAAAUAUCUGCUAUGCUGGGAAAGGACUUUACAGUGACUCCCUCUAAGCUUGUUCAGUUUGAUCCAGGAAUGUCAACCAAGACAUGGAAUAUAGCAAUUACCUGUGACGGAUUAGAGGAAGAUGAUGAAGUCUUUGAAGUAGUUCUGAACUCCCCUGUGAAUGCUGUUCUUGGCACACGGACAAGAGCUGUAGUGAAAAUUUUGGACUCAAAAGGAGGUCAGUGCAGCUAUUCCCAUUCUUCUAGCCAAAGCAAGCAUGGCUUCUGGGGGAGAGAAACACUGUUUCCAGUUUCCAAAGGCUCCUCAUCACCUUCCAGGCCUGGCAAUUUUUCCCUGGAAGGGAUCCCACUGCCUCCUUCCAAAGGGAUGAGAGAGCAUGGAGGGGACCCGUGGCGGGAGCACAGCUUGGUGAAUCUGUCAAGGACCAGGCUGAGAGUGACUGGAAAUGGCAGAAUAGUUCAGCCUUCAUCUGUAUUUAGAAAUGGAACAGAUGUGGUUUUCAAAUAUCAUGGGAUGGUAUCACUCAAAAUAGAGGAUGACACCUCAUCAGCUAAAACUAGCAAGAGGGCAAAACCACAGGUAAAUGUCAUCUCCUCUAAGAAGAUAGAAAUCCCACAGGCUGAUAAGGCAGAACUUGCAUCUGAACCAAGUUCAAGACAUAAGGAUUUUUACUCUUUUCCGAAGGCCUGUACAUCAGAUUUAAAGGGUCUCUUGCAUUAUGAAGAAAGCACUCAAAAGUUAUUUCAGUGUGACGGGAUAACAUGGAAAUUCUGGAAUUCCCAAAGCAAGGAGGUAAGCAUGAAGAAAUGUCCUUCUGGAUGGAGUUAUCAUGAAGGCAGCUGCUACUUCCUGGUAGUGAAUCACAAGGUCACCUGGAACACUGCUGCUCAGGCUUGCAGAGAACAAUACCUGGGGAGUCUAGCAAGUGUGGCUAAUGAACAACACAUGCAGUGGCUGUGGGACUUCGGUGGGAGGAUGCCCUUUUGGAUAGGCUUGAAUGACCAAGUCAAUCCUGGACAUUGGGAGUGGAACGGAGGAGAACCUGUAACCUACAUAAACUGGAGAAGAGGCUCCAACCGCUUUCCAGUGAGAGGAAGAAAUUGUGUAUUUGUGCAGAAGCGAGGAAAAUGGCAAGCAACUGACUGCAAGAAUGUCAGACCAAACAGCUAUAUAUGUUCAAGAAAGUUGUAAGAAAUGGAGGAUGCCUGUGAAAGCAUAAGUGGACAUUCAUGCUGUUUCAGUGUAUUAUCUGCAGACAUGGGAGUAUAGUUAGAAAACUGUCCUGAUUAUCAGCAAGGUUUAUGUUAUAUGCUGCCAGAGGUGCAGAUGCACUGCCUCUAACCAAGGUAUAGAGGUCCACUGCAAAGUUUAAGUCUAGAUUAAAUUUUGAAUUCUCCCCAAAGACAUUGAUAUAUCACUUACUCGUAUGUAUUUUUACACCAAAGAGCUAGGCCUCAGAGCUUUCAUUGCACUUCUGUGUAAAAGUACUUAAAAAAAAAAAAGUAGCAAAUCAGUUGAUUUGCUUUGCUCUUAAGGAGGGGUUGUGAAUUGGCUGUUGCUUUAAUUUGUUUGCAAUAAAAACUGCAGUCACAAAAGGAGGAAGACUGCUGGGGGUGAAAAUGGGGCCAGACUUUUGGCUAGAACCAGGUCCUCUUGGGUGAUGAGGGGAGUGACAUCAUGUAAGCACACAGGGCUUCUUUGGUUGAUGCCUUAGUGCAGUGUCUUACAAAAGUACCACUGGUUGGAUUUAGUGACAGAGUACAACAGGAGCAAAGUCUGGGGUUUUUUUUCCUACCUCCCAAGGCCAAUUCUGGAUCCCUAUGGAUCUGUUCAUACAGAGUUGCAUAUUGUUUCAUAUUCCUAACCAAAAUUUUUAAUUGUUUUUUUGAAUUGCAGGAUACUGGUGUAAUUUUUAGUGUAAUUAAAUAAUGGGACAUCUCUACAUCUAAUGUUAUAUCAAAAGAAUGAUUUAUUAAAAAAAUACUGAAGCUUAAUCCUAGAAUAUUAUCUUGGGAUAUUCAGUGACACAUGAACAUCAAUAGGAUUUAUAUGUGUGUAUAAACCAAUGUAAUCAUGAGACAUAUUUUGUACUAAAGCAGCUAUGGCUUUUGAAAAGUAUUAAUCUAAGUCCUUAUUAGGGAUUUGAGGUUUAUGAAUAAUAUUUAAAAAUCCAGAUUUAUUUCUGAGAAAGAGUUUAAAAUCAGCCGUUAAUAGGAAAAAAAACAGUUGGCCAUAAGUUAUUAUUUUAGAUAUACACAGUUGCAGUAUAACCAUUUUGUAACAUUGUAAUAAAUUUAUAUUUGACCUGUCAAAAGCUUGCUUUAGGACCUUCUUACUGCCGCCCUUAACAUUAAAAAAAAAAGAAACCAGGCAUAAGUUUCCCAAAAAAUAUAAAAUUCAAGCUCCCCUCAAACCCUCUCUUUGCCCAGUGGGUGACAGUUGGUCUGGUACUGAGUGGGGUAAAUUUACCCUGUACCUAUGAACUCUCAUCCCCCCCAUCUGUCUGCCAGCUGCCACCAGUUGAUCCUCCCCUUAAUCAUCUGUUCAGCCAGCCUCUGGAUCAAUUUUGCCCCAAAGGUGCAAAACCUCCUUCUAAGGUUUCUCACAGCAAUUUCUCAGUCCUGCACGGGACAGAUGCAACAGAAUCACCUCUCCUCUCUGGGCUGAGGGACACUUUCAGGGGUUAUAUAUCCCUCUUCCUUGCCUCUGGUGUGCAUUGGUUACUCAUCCUCCCUCCUUGCCUGUGACAAGUUAAAUCAAUAUGCAUGUGAGUAGCUGGACAGCCUUUGUAUAUAGGAAAGAACCUUUCUGAAAGGGCUGUUGCCUAUAAACAUGAGCGUAUUACAAAAUCAGAGAAAAAAGAACUGCAGACAGAGCUUCCUCACCCUUAUUGUUGCUAUCAACAGAUACAGACAAAAAUAUUUCCAGGAUUUCUCUCUAUUUUUUCCUUUUUUUUCCCCUUUUUUUUUAAUGAUAAUAUUUAUGACAAGCUUCUAGACACUUUUUCUAGACAUUAGCUCUUUUGUUUAAGAAGUUUUCUAAAUCAACAUAUAUAGGCUAAUUGUCUCCAAACCAGGUACUCCUGAGUACCCAUCCAGACCUAAUUUUAUUUCUGAUAGUUUUCAUUACAGAAAAAAAUUAGCAUCUAAAAAAGCACUCUUGAGAUCUCUCAGUGGUGUGUUAUGGAAUUCCAGGGAAAGCUGACUAAGAGAGACACAAGCAUAAACUUUUAUUUCUUUAUGACCCUCUUUUAAUAAAAGCUGUAGAGUUUAUUGGUGCUAUCUUUAUAAAGCCUAUUGAGAUUGCCCAAAUACCUCUCUAAAUUAUUUAAUAAAUGAAUUAUAUCAAUGAGAGGGAAUUUGAAAAAGGUGCUUGUUACUCGAUCAGUAACUAAUAAAUGACUCAUGCCAUCUGAGACAACAGUGACCUCAGGUUUGUCUUUGUAAGAAGAGGGGAAAUUUUCCCUUUUCUGUAUUUCAUUUGAACUGCCUUAAAGUGAUUGCAGAGUAUGAAGAUUCACUACACAACAGAAUGUUAGGUGUGCAAACUGUAUGUGCUACUGUUCUAAUUAUACCUAAUACAAUACACUAAUGAAACAAAAAUUCUUAUAUUGCAGUGCAAGUUUAUUUCUGCUCUGAAAGGCUGCUGUAUUGUUUUUCAAUAUAAUCAAUUCUUCCAAAUGUUUAUUAAUAAAUUUUAAUUUUUCUGUCCUUAAAAGAGAAGUAUUUUUUCAGAGAUUUUUACAACUUUUAUUUUUAUUAUUAGAAUACUGGAGUUCAAUGAAUACAGCAUACUCGGAUCAGGGAAAGUAAAAAUAAGGGUUUUUUUUCCUGUUGACAUAGGAAAUUAUUGCAUCUAAGAAGUUUAGUAAAGGAUGGGCCUAAAACCCUGAGGAGCUUUGGGGAUAUUUCCAGUCUUCAAUACUUUUGAAUUAGACUGAGUAAACUCAGGUAAAAAUCAGUAUUUAGAGGAUCAGCAUCAGCAGGGGAAUUUCAAAACGCUGAAAGUAAGAAUAAGGAGUGUGUAAAUUCUGGUGUUCGCCUAUGGAUGUCACACUUUCUGGAUAAACAAAGGAUUUAUUUCACCAGAACUAUCCAUAUACCUUUUAAGAGCAAUAGAACCAAGAUGCAACAGCUCAGUGAAAAGAACCCAGUACUUAGCCUAGAUUUCUAUAGUGACGGGCAGUGUGAGUUCUUUGUGUGCUUGUCACUUUUAACCACCUUCACUCCCUGUCAAAUAUCUUUUAAAUAUGUUGACCAAUUUCAAACAAAUUUGAUAGAAAAGUAGUUGACUCAAAGACAACAGUUAUGAAAAAAUGGCUAGGCAACCGGUCACAGGAACACUUUUUCCAAACCAAAAUAUUCCAAAAUAUUUGUGUUGCUAUUAACUUUAAAGUAUCAAGUUUUUAGUCUGAAAAAUAUCAGAAAAGUUUUUUUUUCUACACAUGGAAACUCACUGAAUGUUUUCAAGUCUUUAUUAACUCAAAUUAUAAAAAUAAUUUGGAGAGAAUUAUGUGUAAGAUUCAGUGAAUACUGUGAUUCUACAUUAUUUACAUCACAAGACUGGUGCUACUGUAAUUCUUGUAUUCAA